AAAAGAUUACUUUGAGAAGAUUGCAAAGAGUUAAUUCAGAAUAUAUGACUGAAUGUUUCCUGUAAACAUGUGACCGAUGUUUCCUGUAAAGAAAGAAACAUUUCCAGAUCCUUGCUGUCACAUUUCUGGAUAUUCUGUUGAACCUUCUUAAGAAUUCAGAGAAACUGCUGGCUGACCACUGAAAGAAAGAUAUAAUCUUCAGGCUUACGCAUAGUCCAUCUGCUCCAUCAGAAUAAUGUCCUACGUUUUUGUAAAUGAUUCGUCUCAGACUAAUGUGCCCUUGCUACAAGCCUGUAUUGAUGGAGACUUUAACUAUUCCAAGCGGCUUUUGGAAAGUGGCUUUGACCCAAAUAUUCGUGACAGCAGGGGCAGAACAGGCCUUCACCUCGCAGCAGCUAGAGGGAACGUUGACAUCUGCCAACUGUUGCAUAAAUUUGGUGCUGAUCUUCUGGCCACAGAUUAUCAAGGAAACACAGCCCUGCAUCUCUGUGGCCAUGUGGAUACUAUUCAGUUCUUAGUUUCCAAUGGACUCAAAAUUGAUAUUUGUAAUCAUCAAGGUGCUACACCCUUGGUUCUGGCAAAGCGCAGAGGAGUGAAUAAAGAUGUCAUCCGAUUGCUGGAAUCUUUGGAAGAACAAGAGGUAAAAGGGUUUAACAGAGGAACUCACUCAAAACUGGAGACCAUGCAGACAGCUGAGAGUGAAAGUGCCAUGGAAAGCCAUUCUCUCCUCAAUCCCAACCUGCAGCAAGGGGAAGGAGUCCUGUCCAGCUUCCGAACCACAUGGCAGGAGUUUGUCGAGGACCUGGGCUUCUGGAGGGUGUUGCUCUUGAUCUUUGUCAUUGCUUUGCUGUCCCUUGGCAUUGCAUACUACGUGAGCGGGGUGCUCCCCUUCGUGGAGAACCAGCCUGAACUGGUGCAUUAAAGGAGCCCACGGGGAUGGGGCCAGUGCCUCUUUCCUGGCUUCCACUGUUUGUUCUGAGUUUCUCAAACGUUUUCUCUUAGUGCAAGGCAGUGAGGGCUGUACAUUUUUUUCUUUGUGCAUUUUUAUGUAUUGUAAUCCUUUUCGAACAACGUGUUCAUUUGAACUAACCACAUACCAUAGUCAAGUAUACUUCAUCCUAAAGCUACCUCUGACUCAGCCCGACUUGUUAGGAAAGCCUUCACAUAGCCUUGUUUGAUAAAAACAUGGAGGUGACUGAAGAAUGAAAGAUAAAGGAAGAGACUAGGGAGUCUUGCUACAGAAACCUUACCCUAAUAUGGGACCAACUAAAGUGAAGUGCUCAAAGAGAGAAAGGUUUUCUUAUGUGAUUACCUUUUGUUAGUUGGUUGAUUUAGGUUUUGUUUAUUUUUGCAAGAGCCCCUUUUUUUCUUUUUCUUUUCUGGGAAUAGGGGAGAGAAUGAAACAUUAAGCUUAAAACUUGAAGUGCUUUUUUCACAUCCUGUAUAGCAAACCAGUAUGUGGGAUUCUGUUUGGUUUAUUUUAAUAUUUUCAAGUCUAGUUACAAACUGAACAGAACUUUUGAAAAUGAGCUACAUUUUCUUCAAAAACGAUUGAUUUGAUAUUUAUUUGUUCAUAGGAUAGUUUUGAUGGGGUUUUUUUUGUAAACUGCUUUGCUUGUUGUUAAUAUCUGUGAAAAAAGACCUUGAGUUCAUUUUGUUCACUUUCCAGUUUCCCCUAGUGUUUAUAUCAAAGAUCUCCUGUUCAUCAAAAAUAUAGUCAGAAAACUCUUUUUCGACUCAGUAGUUAGCAGAGAAAGAUAAUUCUGACAUCUGUCACUGUAAUUCUGUAGUGCUAUUAUUGUGAAAAAUUCAGUGCUACAGGCUAGCUGUGUUGUUACAACUGUAAAAUAGUUGAUAAUUAUUUCAUUUUAUAUGAAAUCCUGUUUAGAGGCCCUGUUAGAAUUGUCUUAACAGUCUCAUUCAUAUCAGUAAUUCUCUGAUGCAAGAGUGGAUGGAGCAUUUCUGAGGUAACAGUGCUGAGCACUACUGUACUGGGUGCCAUCAGCUCUUUACGGAUGGUAAUAUUAUGUAAAGUGAAGUCUAGUCCCCAGACUGUAUUGCAGCUUUCAGCCUCUUUUGUUAAUGAGUCUGUUAUGUAUAAAUCAUAUUCUUGAGUUUUUAAAAAGUAUAUAAAGAGUUGAUAAUUAUUCACUGAGUAUAGUCAGAAAAUUGUAGUGAAAGAACUAAUGGUUUUAUUUUUUAGAACAAAGGUGUCUAAGCUACUGCUAAUUGAAUUGUUGCUACAGGUAGAAAUUAUACUUUAGAGUAGGAUUGACAUUUCUGUGAUUCUUGUUGCUUCUUGCUAUUUUCUCUUGUAUUUAUAUAUGUAGGAUUGAGGUGUUUUCUUUCGUGUGGCUUUAUCCUCUCUUAAAGAGCUGUUUAAAAAUUCCUGAUUUAACUGACUGCUUCAGGAUCAGCUCACAGAGUCUUGUUUUUAGGGUAGAAACAAAAUAAAUCGUACUUGGUAAAAUACAGCAAAAUAAAAGCCGACUUUAGAAUGGAGAACACUAGAACUCAAAAUCAGAGUAUAUUCAGAAUGAAAGCUUUGGAAUUCACUUUAUGUUUGUAAAUCUUGAUAAGCAGACUUGGUUAACAUAUAUGUAAAGAUACUGCAUUUUUUAAAGAUUUUAAGUGCUGAUUUCUUUGUAUUUUAAUCUCUGCAUUCAGCAUUCAGUAAUACUACCAAUAAAUGCAUUUAGAGUAUCUUAAUCACAAC